AUGAUUUUUGAUUCACUCAUAUCAUUGAUUCCAAUAUCAAUGAUUAUGGUUGGUUGUUGUAGUAAUGUUAUUUCUUUAGAAUUAAUUAUGAAGCAAUCACAAUCACAUGCUAUAUUAGUGACAUUUUUUCAAUUUGCAACGGUUGCAUUUAUAUCAUUUUUUGUUAAUAUAAGAUGGAAACAAGUAUUUAGUAUUUUUUGGAUACCAAUUGGAUUAAGAGAGAGAAAGAUACCUUUGAAAACUUAUUUCUUAAUGGUUUCAAUUUUUUUCAUUUUAUCAGUUUUAAAUAAUAAAGCAUUAGAUUGUGAUAUACCAAUACCAUUUCAUAUGAUUUUUAGAUCAAGUUCUUUAUUAUCAACAAUUGUAAUUGGUUCAAUCUUUUAUAGAAAAUCUUAUUCAAAACAACAAAUUCUAAGUUUAAUCAUGGUUACUUUAGGUAUAAUUUUUGCAACUUUUAGUUCAAUGCCUGAUAGUAAAAAAGAAAUUUCACUUGGACAUGAACCAAAUUUAUUAAGAUUUUCAAUUGGUAUGCUUAUGCUAAUUGCAGCAAUGUUUUUAUCAUCAAUUUUAGGUUUAAUUCAAGAACAUACUUAUAAAUUGUAUGGAAAGGAUCGUCAUUAUGAAACAAUAUUUUAUUCUGUAAAUGAUAUUUUACACCAUAUACAAUUAAAUAAUGAUUCUGCAUUAAUGGCAUUACCAUUUGGAUUUGGAUCAUUUCCAACAUUAUGGGUAUAUUUAAUUGUAAAUGUUUUAACUCAAUAUGUAUGCAUUCAAGGUGUAUUUAUUUUAACUGGUAAAACAAGUACCUUAACUUGUACACUAGUAAUCAGUAUAAGAAAGUUUUUAAGUAUCAUCAUCUCUGUAAUUUAUUUCAAUAACCAUUUCACAUCUUUAUUAUUCACUGGUACAAUUUUGGUAUUUUUAGGUACUUUUAUGUAUUCAACAAGUGGUAAAGUUAUUGAAAAACCUUUACCACCAACUAAACAAGUAAAAGAAAUAGAAAAAGAAAAAAAAUUAAAUUAA